AUGCGCGUGCUCGUGAGUCCCCGGCUCGCCGAGGUGCCCCUGGGCCCCAAACUGAUGGAGAAACUCAACGACGCGUCGAUCCGGUACAGCGUCAAGGACGUGGCGCAGGGCCGCGACGCCAACGACCUCCCGCUGCUCGGGUUCCGCCGGGAGCUCCCCGGAGCGCCGACCGAGCCGUUCCCCCUCGUGGUGCUCCUGUGCUCCCCGGACCGCCUCAUGCGCGACGUGCUGGCCGGCAAAGGCCUGGCGGAGCUGCUGGACCAGGUGGCGGGGGGGUGUCCCGGGUUGACCGUGCUGCUGCUCGUCGUCGGGCUGGACCAGUACCUCCGGCAGCAGGCCGCGCGGCAGCACGCGUACCCGGGCAAGCCCAAGGUGGAGGCCGUGCUGGCGCGCGCGCACGUGACGCAGCAGGCGGUGCGGCAGUUCAUGGCGCGGGACGACGAGGAGGCGGCCGAGCAUGUCCUCGGGGUGGCGCGCGCGCUCGCGGAAGUGCCCUACACGCCGCAGGACGACUUCGCGCGGGCCACUGCGACGGGGGCGAGCAAGAGGGAGACUUUGGCACCCGAACACAAACACCUGCAAACCAUCGUCGAGUUCCUGCGGUGCAUCCCGAGCGUGGGGCCCAAGGCCGCGCUGGCCAUCGCGCAGCGGUACCCGGGCCUCGGGAUGCUCAUGGACGCGCUGGAGGCGGCGGCGCGCCCGGAGACGCUGCUGGAGAACAUCAUGCAGGACAACGGGCGGCGGGUGGGCCCCGCGGCGAGCAAGCAGGUGCACCGGCACCUCAUCCUCGGGAGCUCCGAGGCGGAGCAGACCUGA